AUGGAGGGCCAUCUCGGCCUGCUCGCCGGCCUCCUCCCGCCGGAGCUCGCCGGCCCCGUACGCCAGCACCUGCUACACCCGCAGUCACCGCUGCAGACGUGCGGGCGGCACGUCGUCGCCCACGCGCGCGCCGCCGCCGCCGCCGCCGCGGAUGUCGCCCUCGGCCUGGCCGCCGACAACCAGGGCCUCGCGGGCGGGCUGGCGCUGCUCGCGCUGCUGGCCACGGCCCUCGUCGUCGCGCACUGGGUCAGCCGCCUGGUCAUGUGGUGGACCCGCGUCGCGCUGCGUCUUGCCUCGUGGGCCGUCGUCGUCGCCCUCGCCGCCUGGGUCUGGAAUCGCGGGCCUGCUGCCAGCGUCAGGGAUGCCGUCGUGCUCGUCGGCAGGGUGCUUGGCUAUCUGGCUGUUCUCAAGGAUAUCUGGCUCGACGAGUAUAACCGCUACGAGGGCCAGCAGAGGCAUGAGGCGCGUGGUGGUGGCCAUGGCGCCCGGGGCAGGAGUUCGGCGCGGUACUAG